GGCCAUCAUUUCCCAGUUUAGUCGUUCACCUGCCUCCGUCCACACCACACCUGUCCUGACCCAGAGGACGAAAGAUAACAAGUUCAUCCCACAGUUAACUUCACUACACCCGGGUUCAGCUGAGGUCACACCCCUCGAUGGAAGGAGAUAUGUGGUGUAGGGUGAUGGUGGUGAUGAUGGUGGUAGCCAGGGUCACACAGGCGUUCCCUCGUCAACCUGUUGUCGACUAUUCUGGGUGGCAGGUGUUGGAGGUGGAGGUGAGUGAGGUAGGGUCAGGUGAACAGCCGAAGGUGCAGCUACAGGACUUGGAUGACACCUUUAAUCUACAGUUCCUCCAUCAGGAUAGACGACGAGGGGUGGCGGAGGUGGCAUUGUCUCCAGCUUUCCUGACAGACUUCACUCAGUACCUCAACAACAACAACGUUAAAUCUACCAUCAUCAUCGACGACCUGGGCAAAAAACUCAAGUCAGACAUUCCCUUUCUCCGCGCUGAGUCCGACCUUAUGGGCGCUGUCACCUUCGACCGAUUCAUGAAAUACGAAGAGAUCCUGGAAUACCUGAAGGAGUUACCGCGUCAGUAUCCCGACCGAGUGAGGCUGGAGGAGGUGGGUCACAGUGUAGAGAGCCGACCUAUCCACCUCCUGGUUAUCUCAUCCGACGUCCACUCCUCGUCCACCGCCAACAAACCCGUCAUAUUAAUCGAUGGAGGUAUCCACGCUAGAGAGUGGGUCAGCCCAGCAGCGGUUCUGUACAUCGUGGAACAGCUGCUACAGUCGCCCGCGAUGACCAGUGACGUGGAGUGGCGCACUUUGCCUUUACUUAACCCUGAUGGCUAUAUUUACACCUGGACUAAAGAUCGACUAUGGAGAAAGAACAGAGCCACAACUUCAGAAAUAGGAUGUGUAGGAGUUGAUCUCAACCGUAACUUCGGAUUUCACUUUGGAGAGUCAGGAACCAGCCCUAAGCCUUGCUCCACAGUCUACCACGGACCCGUUGCCUUCAGCGAGCCAGAGUCCCAAGCCCUUAGAGACACCCUACAGCAGGAGAGCAGUCGUACCAAGGCGUACGUGACCUUCCAUUCCUACGGACAGUUCGUGUUGCAUCCAUGGGGCUAUACUGACAAGGUCUCCAAGAAUAACAUCAACGAGCUGGUAAGUACUGUCUCUGUGUGUACUGUUUGUGUGUACUGUCUCUGUGUGUACUGUCUAUGUGUACUGUCUCUGUGUACAACACUAGCGCUGCCUCAAGAUGACCUCAACAACCUAAAACACAACACCAAUAGACGACUUCACUUCCAGGUCAACGCCUCGGUCCUGGAACCUGAUCCAGACCUAAACUUGGGUCGUUAG